AAUUAUUGAAACUUAUUAUUCGAUCAAUUGCGCUAAAUAUUCAUUAAUACUGAGAAAUCAUGAGUAAUUCUUCUAACGGUUUGCUAACAAAAAAUGCAACGAAUUUCAAAUUGCACACACGGACGCGCAGACACAAGCAGUACGUGACGAGUGAAAUAGAGAUCAGCUGCUUUCGACCAAUAGGCUUAAAUAUAGAUCCCGACGCUCACUGUCAACUCGUUCGUCACAAUGAUCACUGCAAUUUCGAUACGAAGCUCAUCAACUAUUUGGAGUUUGCCGUUUGUACAAUGAAGAUCGACAAUUUACCUUGGUUUGGCGAAGUCGGAUAUAUCGUCUGUUCCCUCGUCUUGCUCUUGUUUUUCAUAUUGUCCGUGUUCGUAAUGACCAGGUGGUUUAUUUUACCAAAUGUGCUUACCUUGUGUAACUGGUCUACAAUUAAACCUUACCACUGUGGCAUCCUUAUUGUCUCAACUCUAUUCAUCUUGCCGAAUUUAUUUAAAAGUUCGAUUAUUUGCAACUCACCAAAAGAGAUAUACUCUCUUUUUCUCACGGAAUUGGGAAGCAAGACGUUUACCAUGUAUAUUCUGGGAUUGGGAUUGAUCGCAAUUCAAAGGAAUUUGCAUGUCUCACCAUUUCACUGCAUCGUCAGUCUGUUAGUGAUCUUGCUUGGAAAUAUUUACGUAUAUAUCUUAAUAAGUUUUAAAAGUAAGAAUGAUAUUCUGCCCAAAGACGAGCGAGCAGAUUUAAAGUUGGAAUGGCAUGCCAAAUCGUUAAUCGUCGUUUAUUUGGUUUAUCUUUUCGCUCAACUCUACGAUCCAUUUAAAUCGGUGCUUUCGAGAAGUAGUACGAAUGUUGACGUUAUUCCUGCGCCUGAGCAAAUCGAAAGUGAAAAUGUUAUAGAGGAUCUGCUGGACGAAGUGGUCACUACUUUGGCGGCGGAUCAUGGUGACACCGAUAAUUCCCCUUUAAAAACGAAUUGUCAAAAUUUUUACGGAGACAUUUUCGGAAGAAAGUGUAUGAUCUUUAAUAUCUUAUUUGCACCCAUGUGGAUUAUACUGACCCUAUUGAUUCCUGUUAUAAAUGAAAGUUCACCUUUCCAAGGUUGGAAUAAAUAUCUGUUAUGUGCGAAUCUUAUGCUCAUAUCUUUGCCACUAAUAGUAUACAUAAAACUGGAAAUUUGUCUUGGAUUUUUCGCUUUUGGAUUUCUAGCCGCUAUUAUUUUACUUUUUAAGGCAAGCGCUAGGGAGCCGCCCAGACUGUAUAAAGCCUUUAGUGUAUUUGGAUUGUUUGCUGCUUUCAUGAUUUGGCAGUUACUUACCAUGGAAGCUGAUACUUUAAUUCAUCAAAGUCUUCAGUAUCUAAUACGAUGGAAUCUCGAUGAUGUUGCCGUUGCGAGUUCUUCAUUUUCCAGCAGUGUAACAGAAAUGAUAUUUGUUUAUGAAUUAAUAAAAUACGAAGAAGUGGAUAUUGCGCUUGGUCUCGUCACUGGCUUGGUUGUAUACAAUACAAUCGGUAGCUUCCCUGCCAUGGUCCUCCAGCCUUGUUUUGAUACAUCAUCACCUCUUUUCAUCACUAACAACAAUUCUACGAUAUACGUGUUUCUGUUCCUGAUGAUCGGUUAUACCUUUAUUGCACUAAGCAUUUCUAAUUUUGAAUUGCGCCGUAGCUUUGGUAUUUUUUUAAUCAUAUUUUACACUAUGUUCUUUCUCUUUAUAAUAUUGUCGGCCUAUGAAUUUAUACACCCUUAUGGUUCCCAACAUUCUUCUACAGUUCUCUAUGAUUCUUUGACACAUUCUAAUUGGUCAUAAUAAUUAAAAUUUGUGUACAAUAUACGAGUAUAAACAAAAGUAAAUUAAGUCAAUAAAAUAUUGUUAUA